UCCACAACAAAGUUACAUUUCUCUGCAAACAAAAUGUCAAUAAUGCUCCAAAUGCCAUCACUUCCUGUCUUCUUGAUUUCUGUUCUUUUCUGGUUGAUGCUUGUUAGAUAUUGGAAGAACUCCAGAGUUACAGGGAAGGAGCUUCCAGGGCCUAAACCACUGCCUAUUAUAGGGAACUUGCAUCAAUUGUCAAGAGGCUUACCACAUCAUGCUUUGACAACAUUAUGCAAUAAACAUGGCCCUGUCAUGAAACUACAACUUGGUCAGCUUGUUGUUGCUAUCAUUUCUUCACCUGAUGCUGCCAAAGAGGUGUUAAAGACUAAAGAGAUAAGUUUCGCGCAGAGGCCUGAAGUGUAUGCCGUUGAAGUCAUAUCAUAUGAUCAUUCAAGUUUUGUGUUCUCUCCCUAUAAUGAUUAUUGGAGAGAAAUGAGGAAGAUAUCUGUAAUGGAGCUCUUAAGCGCUAAGCGUGUCCAGUCAUUCAAAUCAAUCAGAGAAGAGGAGGUAUGGAAUCUUAUUGAAUUCAUUUCUUCAUCUGAGGGACUUGUAAUAAAUCUCAGUGAGAAGAUUUUUGCCAUGACAAAUAACGUGGUUUCGCGGGCGGCUUUUGGUAAGAAGUGUAAAGAUCAAUAUGAUUUUACUUCACUGCUUGAGGAAAUUAUGCACCUUGCUGGAGGCUUUGACAUUGCAGAUCUGUACCCUUCUCUUACAUUUCUUCGAGCCAUUACUGGGAUCAAACCUGCAUUAAUAAAAAUUCAGAAGAAGAUGGAUAAGAUUCUUGAAGAUAUUGUCACCGAACAUAAGUUGAAAAGAUCAGCUAAUACCAAUGGCAAUGAUGAUAUAGUUGACACACUUCUCAAUUAUGAAGAGGCUAAUAAGAAUGAAUUUCAUCUCACAAUUGAUCAGGUCAAAGCUGUGACUAUGGACAUUUUCUCUGCAGGGACUGAGACUUCAGCAACGUCAACAGAAUGGGCUAUGUCAGAGCUGCUUAAAAACCCGAGAGUAAUGGAGAAAGCGCAAGCAGAGGUAAGACAAGCAUGUGAAGGAAAGAGCAAAAUUGGGGAGGCGGAUGUUCAAAAACUAGAUUACUUAAAAGCUGUUGUUAAGGAAACUUUCAGAUUGCACCCUCCAGGUCCUUUAAUUCCAAGAGAAGCAAGGGAAUGCUGUGAGAUUAGUGGAUAUACAAUACCAGCUAAGGCCAAAAUCCUCAUUAAUAUUUAUGCAAUGGGGAGAGAUCCGAAAAUAUGGAAAGAUCCUGAAAGCUUCCAACCAGAGCGUUUUGAAGGAUCUCCAAUUGAUUUCAAAGGGAACCACUUUGAAUUGAUUCCAUUUGGUGCAGGUAGGAGGAUUUGUCCUGGCAUAUCAUUUGCAACUUCUAAGAUUGAACUUGGUCUUGCUCAAAUGCUUUAUCACUUUGAUUGGAAACUCCCAAAUGGGAUCAAACUAGAAGACCUGGAUAUGACAGAGAAUUUCGGAAUAACAGCUAGAAAAAAUUGUAAUCUGCAAGUGAUCGCUACCACUCGUAUUCCUUUCCAGAAAUGAUGCAUUUUUAACAUGUUAUUAAGAAAACGUUCUGGGUAUUGCACCUAAAUUUUGUGCUUCUCCAACCUAGCUAUUUUAUACCAUUUCGAGUGAAGCAGACACAAAAUAAAUUUCUCAAAAUACAAACGAACAACUUUUAUUUCAAUAGAAACAUUGUUCAUUGCUUUUCCGGUUGGAUCAUAAGUGUAACGCCCAAAAAAGUUUGUAAUGUUUUAUAAAAUUUUAAAUGAUGAACUCUAGGUUACUUUAAUUUAUGAUAUGCUUAGUAGAUACUUCUGUAAUAUGUUUCCGCCUCUUCAAGUUUCAAAUAUCUGAAGAGUACUCUAGAAUUUGAAUGUUUUUAAUUUGAAGUUGUUACAAUCUAUUUCUUGAAAUUUAUAUGA